AUGGAUAUCUUGAAUUCCACAUUGGGAAAUGGCUUUCUCUUGGUGAGCAUUCUGGAUGAUAGUGGCGCUCCUGAACUGCUCUGUGCCACAAUCAUGGCCAUGUACUUCUUGGCCCUGACCAGCAAUGGACUGCUGCUCUUGGUCAUCACCAUGGACACCAGGCUCCACGUGCCCAUGUACCUCCUUCUUGGGCAGCUCUCUCUCAUGGACCUCAUCCUCACAUCAGUUAUCACUCCCAAGGCUGUCAUGAAUUUCCUACUUAGAGACAACACAAUUUCCUUUGGGGGUUGUGCCCUUCAGAUAUUUCUAGAACUAGUGCUGGGUAGUGCAGAGGAUCUCCUUUUGGCAUUCAUGGCCUAUGACAGGUAUGUGGCCAUUUGCCAACCUCUGAACUACACAACCCUCAUGAGUUCUAGAGUCUGCUGGCUCAUGGUAGCCACAUCAUGGAUCCUGGCAUCCAUGAGUGCACUAGGAUAUACCACUUAUACUAUGCAGUAUUCCUUCUGCAAAUCCCGACAGAUCAGACACUGGUUCUGUGAAAUUCCUCCCUUGCUGAAGUUGGCUUGUGCUGACACCUCCAGAUAUGAGCUCAUGGUUUAUCUGAUGGGUGUUAUCGUGUUACUUCUCCCUCUUACUGCCAUCCUAGCCUCCUACACUUUAAUUCUAUUUACUGUGCUCAAUAUGCCAUCAAAUGAAGGUAGAAAGAAGGCCCUGGUCACCUGCUCUUCCCACCUGACUGUUGUUGGAAUGUGGUAUGGUGGUGCUUCAUUCAUGUAUGUCCUUCCAAGUUCCUUCCACAGUCCCAAGCAAGACAACAUUAGCUCUGUUUUCUACACAAUUGUCACUCCCGUUCUGAACCCCCUCAUCUACAGCCUGAGGAAUAAGGAGGUCACUGGGGCUGUGAAGAGAGUCCUAGGAAAACACCUGUUAUCAGCCUGCUCUAAGUGCUAG